UGGGGCGGCCUGAGGGACCGCCGCCGCCUCCCGCCGCGCUCAGGCAGGGCAGGGCAGGGCAGGGCGCUGCUGGGCCGGCGGAGGGGCUGGCCCGGCCCGGCCCCGCGGGCGGGCGGACCCAACGACAAACAGACCGACGCUCACACACACAGACGGGCGGCGAGCAGCCCCAUGGCUCUGGAUUUAUAAACACGGCGCAGAUGGCGGGGCCGGGUCCCCGCGCCGGGCGCUGCCCCGCCGGCCGCUGAGGCGGGAGGUGAGGAGAGGAGGGAGCGGCGGCAGCGGCGAUGGGGCCGGCGGGAUUAGUUGUGUGACGUGGACAGCACACACAUGAUGCCGAGGAGCUCUCGCCUCUCCUAAUCCUUUGCCGGUGAUUUGGAAGCAGCCCUUCCGAGAUGUCUGGAUCCACGCAGCCCGUGACGCAGAGCUGGCGCGCCGCCGAGCCGCGCUACGCGCCGCACGCCAUGUCCUACCCGGUUCAGAUCGCUCGACCACAUGCGGACGUUGCGCUGUUGGAGUACCAGCAUCAUUCCAGGGAUUUCGCUUCCCACCUCCCGCCGGGGUCUAUCAUGCAGCCACAGCGGCGGAGGCCGUCCCUGCUGUCUGAGUUCCAGCCGGGCAAUGAAAGAUCUCAGGAGUUGCACCUGAGAACAGAGGCGCAUUCCUAUCUCUCUGACCUGACCAAGCCGUCGGACUUGGAGUUCAUUGAAACCAAGAGGCCACGUCUGGAUCUGCUGCAGGACCCCCUGGUGCGGCACUCGCCCCUCCUGAACCAGAGCCAGCAGGGAGGCACAGAGGAUCUCUCAAAGGAUCGUGGCCUGCCUGGCAAACUGGAGCCCGUGUCGCCCGUGAGCCCUGCUCACCCUGAUGCCGAGCUGGACCUGCUGCCCACACGGCUCUCCAAGGAGGAGCUCAUCCAGAACAUGGACCGCGUGGACCGCGAGAUCACCAUGGUGGAGCAGCAGAUCUCCAAGCUGAAAAAGAAGCAGCAACAGUUGGAGGAAGAAGCAGCCAAACCACCAGAGCCUGAAAAACCCAUCUCCCCGCCUCCUAUCGAGUCCAAACAUCGCAGCUUGGUGCAGAUCAUCUACGACGAGAACAGGAAGAAGGCAGAGGCUGCUCACCGGAUCCUGGAAGGACUGGGUCCUCAGGUGGAGCUGCCAUUGUACAACCAGCCUUCAGACACCAGGCAAUACCAUGAAAACAUUAAAAUAAACCAGGCAAUGCGGAAGAAGUUAAUUUUGUACUUUAAGAGGAGAAAUCAUGCUCGCAAGCAGUGGGAACAGAAGUUUUGCCAGCGCUAUGACCAGCUGAUGGAGGCCUGGGAAAAAAAAGUGGAGCGCAUUGAAAAUAACCCGCGGCGCCGUGCCAAAGAGAGCAAAGUGCGGGAAUACUAUGAGAAGCAAUUCCCGGAGAUCCGGAAGCAGCGGGAACUGCAAGAGCGCAUGCAGAGGUUAGAGGAGAAGCGCAGGGUAGGACAGAGGGGCAGCGGUGGGCUCUCCAUGUCAGCUGCACGCAGCGAGCAUGAGGUGUCAGAAAUCAUCGACGGGCUCUCAGAACAAGAGAACCUAGAGAAGCAGAUGCGCCAGCUCGCUGUCAUCCCACCCAUGCUCUACGAUGCUGACCAGCAGCGCAUUAAAUUCAUCAACAUGAACGGCCUCAUGGAUGACCCCAUGAAGGUCUACAAGGACCGGCAGGUGAUGAACAUGUGGAGCGAGCAGGAGAAGGAGACCUUCCGGGAAAAGUUCAUGCAGCAUCCAAAGAACUUUGGCCUGAUCGCAUCCUUUCUGGACAGGAAGACGGUGGCAGACUGUGUCCUGUAUUACUACCUGACCAAGAAGAAUGAGAACUACAAGAACCUUGUAAGAAGAAACUACCGGAGGCGUGGGAAGGGCCAGCAGCAGCAGCAAAUGCCCCGGAGCGGCCAAGAAGAUAAAGAUGAAAAAGAGAAAGAGAAGGAGAAAGAGGGAGAGAAGGAGGAAGACAAGCAGGAAACAGAGAACGACAAAGAGGAACUGACCAAGGACAAGAACGACGACACAUCCGGGGAAGACAAUGAUGAGAAGGAAACGGUCACCUCCAAGGGUCGGAAAACUGCCAACAGCCAGGGCAGGCGCAAGGGCCGCAUCACCCGCUCCAUGGCCAAUGAAGCCAACAACGAGGAGGCGACCGCCCCGCAGCAGAGCGCGGAGCUCGCUUCUCUUGAGAUGAAUGAAAGCUCUCGCUGGACCGAAGAGGAGAUGGAGACCGCUAAAAAAGGUCUCCUUGAGCAUGGGCGGAACUGGUCGGCCAUUGCCAGGAUGGUGGGCUCCAAGACCGUGUCACAGUGCAAAAACUUCUACUUCAACUACAAGAAGAGGCAGAACCUGGAUGAGAUCCUACAGCAACACAAACUGAAAAUGGAGAAAGAACGGAACGCCAAGAGGAAGAAGAAAAAAGGGACCGCCGUUCAAAACGAAGAAGCCACCUUCCCUCCCGCAGCCGAGGACGAGGAGAUGGAGGUGUCAGGGGCGAGCGGAAACGAGGAGGAGAUGGCCGAGGAGGCGGAAGCUGCAGUAAAUAACAGCUCCGACACCGAGAGCAUUCCCUCGCCGAGGCCUGAAGCCAAAGAAGGAGGCGAAAACGGGGCCAAGGCACCACCCGGGCCGGGAGGUGACUCCGGCACAGAACCGGCAGUCAAGUGGGAAGAGGCUGCAACACCCCCCGACGCUCCCCCCGCUCCCGCUGCCAACCCGGCUCCUGCUGCCAGCCCGCAGCCGGAGGCAGCUCCCGAGCCACCCAGCAGCGAGGAGAAGGUGCAGGAGGACCUGGUGGUGGACGUGGUGAAAACGGAGGAGCCGGAGGAGAAGGUGAGCGAAGAGCCCUGCAAGAGCGAGGUGAAGAAGGAGGAGAGCGAAGACAGCCAGGAGAAGGACAAGGGGAAUGACAAGAAGGCAGAAAGCAGCGUCAGUGGCGCAGGGACAGCAGGGACGGAGGGGACACCCAAGGCCGAGAAGAAGGAGAGCCAUAAAGGCAGUAAAGGCUCCGGGGUGAACCCCGACAGCGACUCCAGCGCGACCUGCAGCGCGGAUGAGAUGGACGAGCAGGAUGCUGUGGACAAGAGCAGGUUGCUGUCCCCCCGGCCCAGCCUGCUCAACACUGCCAGCGAUGCCAGGCUGAACUCCUCGCCACAGAAGCCACUGGACCUGAAGCAGCUGAAGCAGCGUGCUGCUGCCAUCCCUCCCAUUAUUUCCGAGGGUUUCUCGGAGGGGAUACUGCAGAGUGGAAGUGUGAAGCCUCAGGUGCCUCCCCAUGCCUUGGCCCUCUACCAGCAGCAGAUCACAAAAGCCCACGAGUCUGCCCGUGAGGACGUACCCCCGAGCAAGCUCUCCCAGUCCCAGCAGCAGCAGGCUGAGAAGGAGCCGCAGCAGCCAAGCAGCAGUCCCAGGGGAAAGAGCAGGAGCCCCGCUGUUGGUGACAAGGAAGAAAAGUCUGUGCAUUUCUCCUCCAUCGCAGAGGCUCAGAAGCUGAGUGUGGAGCCGAUGGCUGCCUCGUGCUGGCCGCCCGUCCUGUCCUACUCCCGGGAUGUGAUCAAAACCUCUCCCCAGGCAGAGCCCCACUUGUUUCAGUACAACCCACCAGGACACCCCAUCCCACUAAACCUGCAUGAGAGCUCUCGCUCAGGGCUGCAGAGACUAGCAAGCAUCUCCAACCCUCCUCCCCUCAUCUCCUCCACCAAGCACCCCUCUGUGCUGGAGAGACCCGUUGGAUCCAUUUCCCAGGGCAUGCCCAUCCAGCUCCAUGCACCCUACAGCUCCGAGCACGCCAAGGUCCCUGUUGGCUCGAUCACCAUGGGCCUGCCACUGACCAUGGAUCCCAAGAAACUGGUGCCUUUUCCUGGAGUAAAGCAGGAACAACUUUCUCCUAGAAGCCAGGCCAGCCAGCCGGAAAGUCUGGUUCUGCAGCCGUCCCAGGAGGGCUCCAUCCUGCGGGGUACUUCCCUCAGCUCUGCCUCAGGAGGGAGCAUCACCAAGGGAACACCGACAUCCAGACCCCCUCCAGAGUCCCCCAUCACCUACCGAGGGUCCAUCACACAUGGCACCCCGGCAGAAGUGCUCUACAAAGGAACCAUUACCAGGAUAAUCGGAGAAGACAGCCCCAGCAGAGCAGAGAAGGCAAGAGAGGAUGCUGUGCCCAAAGGACAUGUCAUCUACGAAGGGAAGAAGGGCCACGUGCUGUCCUUCGAGGGUGGGGUUGCUGCUUCUCAGUGUCCCAAAGAAGACAGCAGGAGCUCAGGAGCUUUGCAUGAGACCACAGGAACCAAGCGGACCUACGAUAUGAUGGAGGGGAGGAUCAGCAGGGGCUUAUCAGCCCGUGAUAGCUUAUCUGCCAACAUUGAAGGUCUCAUGGGUCGAGCAAUCCCUCCAGACCGACACAGUCCCCAUAACCUAAAGGAGCAGCAUCACAUGCGGGGCUCAAUUACACAAGGAAUACCUCGGUCCUACGUGGAGGCUCAUGAGGACUACCUCAGAAGAGAAGCCAAACAGCUCAAGAGGGAAAACACUCCACCGAGGGACUUAUCUGAUGCCUACAAGGUCAGGUCUCACGAGGGCCUUACACCUCUGAAAAUGAAACCAGCCCAUGAAGACCUGGUGGCCACAGUGAAAGAAGCAGGAAGAUCAAUCCAUGAGAUACCGCGGGAGGAGCUGAGGCGGACACCAGACAUCUCUCUGACGAGACCUCUGAAGGAAGGCUCCAUCACGCAGGGUACCCCACUGAAGUACGACAGCAGCUCUUCCUCCUCGAGUACCAAAAAGCACGAUGUGCGGUCCAUCAUCGGCAGUCCCGGCAGGACUUUUCACUCUGUGCACUCACUGGAUGUCAUCCAAGACCCGAGGAAUCUGGAGAGAGCUUACGAAGAGAGCCUGAAAAACAGGCCAAGCCCAGUGACAAACUCGGGUGGCUCCAUUGCCAGAGGGGCUCCUGUGAUUGUACCUGAGCCGGGCAAGCCCCACCAAAGUGCCCUCUCCUAUGAGGACCACCAGGCAGGGCACAGCACGGCAUUUGGCAGCCACUUGCACAGAGGGUCUCCGGUCUCCACACGAGAAUCCACACCCCGGCAGCAUGAAGGGAGCAUCACUGCCGGGAAGCCGGUGUCCCAGGACAGAAAGAUUACCCCCACAUCGAGAGAACUCAACAACUCCAAGUCUCCACAUGCCCCCGUGGCUGACCACCACCACCCCAUCUCCCCAUAUGAGCACCUGCUCCGUGGCGUGAGCGGGGUCGACCUGUACCGAGGACACAUCCCGCUGGCUUUUGACCCCGCUGCCAUCCCGAGGGGAAUCCAGCUGGAAGCAGCUGCUGCUUACUACCUGCCAAGGCACCUGGCUCCGAGCCCCACGUACCCCCACCUCUACCCCCCGUACCUCAUCCGGGGCUACCCGGACACGGCCGCCAUGGAGAACCGACAGACCAUCAUCAACGACUACAUCACGUCCCAGCAGAUGCACCACAACGCUGCAGCCACGGCCAUGGCACAGCGGGCGGACAUGCUGCGCGGCUUGUCACCCCGGGAGCCCUCCCUCGCCCUCAACUAUGCAGCAGGCAUCAUCGACCUGUCCCAAGUGCCGCACCUGCCUGUCCUCGUGCCCCCUACCCCUGGCACCUCUGCCACCACCAUGGACCGCAUCACCUACAUCCCCGGGCCCCCCCAGACCUUUGGCAGCCGGCACAGCAGCUCCCCACUCUCCCCAGGAGGCCCCACACACAUGACCAAACAAUCGGGAUCAUCUGUGUCCGAGCGGGAACGGGAGCGGGAGCGAGAAAGGGAGCGGGAGCGGGAAAAAUCCAUCCUAGCAUCCACCACGGUGGAGCAUGCACCCAUCUGGAGACCAGGUACGGAGCAGUCCAGCAGCCGUUCAUCCUCACACUCUCACAGCCACCAGCACUCUCCCGUCUCACCCCGCACCCAUGAGACCAUCCAGCAGCGCCCCAGCGUGCUCCACAACACGAGCAUGAAGAUCAUCUCCUCGGAGACCCCCACCCCUUCUGUCCUGCGAUCCUCUUCCACCACUACCACAUCACCGAUCCGCUCUGCUGCCUUCCCCUCGGCCUCCACCCUGCGCUCCUCCAUCAGCUCAGCAGACGGCUAUGCCACCCCAAUGGACCCGGCCAUCCUGCAGAAAGAGGCCUCGAGGGCACGGGAAGCCAAGGCAGAACGACCCCAGACUGACAACGUCUUCACCUCAAAGCUGCCAAGUGGAGCCAACCUCGAACAGUCACCUUCACCCAUUAAAGCCAUGGAGUCAAGACCUUUACCCGCCUCCGGACCUGGUUCUUCUCAUCACUAUAGCAGAGGACAGGGGAAAAGCCAGCAGCACCAUCACCCUUUGGACCAGCAGCACGCAGCCUCGGGCCCUGAGCAGCACAGUAGAGAAAAGAGUCAAAGUAAACGCUUUUCAGUGCAGGAACAGGAGCUCCGAGCACUCGGCUUUCAUGGAGGCUACAGCCCUGAGCGGAUGGAAGCAGUGAGUCCUGUGAGCUCACCCAGCCUCUCCCAUGAGAAAGGGGCCAAGCUGCUGCAGGAUGUGGAGAAGGGGCAUGGGGAGCAUGACCUGAGGCAGAAACAGCAAGGCUCGCUGAAGGCCUCAGCUCCUGAAGCAGCCCACCUGCAGCACCUCCGGCAGCCCGAUGGGCCCCAGUGCCAGCCCGUGCAGUCCAGCCAGAGCAUCAAGGGCAUGAACCAGCGGGUGGUCACAUUGGCCCAGCACAUCAGUGAGGUCAUCACACAGGACUACACCCGCCACCACCCGCAGCAGCUCAACUCCCACAUCCAGGCCCCAGUGUACACGUUCCCCGGGGCCACGUGCCCCGUGCUGGACCUGCGCCGUGCCCCCAGCGAGGUGUACCUGCAGCAGCAGGAGCACGCAGCGGCCUCCAGGAUCUCCCCACAGAAUGAAGGGGGGAAAAGGUCCCCGGAGCAGAGCAAGGCCUCGGCCGGCAGCGGCGGCGCGGACAACUGCAUCGAGCCGGUCUCUCCACCAGACGGCGUGGGAGAACCGGAGCACGCCAAGAGCGCCACGUACCCGAUCCUGUACCGCGAGGGCGAGCCGAUGGACCAGAGGAUGGGGUCCAAGUCCCCAGGAAACAACACUCAGCCUCCAGCUUUCUUCAGCAAGCUGACAGAGAGCAACUCUGCCAUGGUGAAGUCCAAGAAACAGGAGAUCAUCAAGAAGCUCAGCACGACCAACAAAAACGAGACGGAGUACAAUGUUGGGCAGCCUGGGACAGAGAUUUUCAAUAUGCCAGCGAUUACCGGAGCAGGGCUAAUCAGUUGUAGGAGCCAGUCGGUCCAAGAGAAUUCCAGUACCAACAUGGGGUUGGAGGCAAUAAUUAGGAAAGCCCUAAUGGGUAAAUAUGACGAGCAGUGGGAAGAGCGCUCACCUCUCAGUGCCAAUGCUUUUAACUCUCUGAAUGCCAGUGCAAGCCUGCCCGCUGCUAUGCCCAUAACUCCUGCUGAUGGACGAAACGAGGACGUGCGCUCCUUGCCAGGAGGAGGGGGCAAGCCAAAGAUCGCUGCCAGACCCAACAGCCGCAAGGCCAAGUCCCCGGCGCCGGGCCUGUCCUCGGGCGAGCGCCCGCCCUCCGUCUCCUCGGUGCACUCGGAGGGCGACUGCAACCGGAGGACGCCGCUCACCAACCGCGUCUGGGAGGAUCGGCCGUCGUCCGCAGGCUCGACGCCGUUCCCCUACAACCCGCUCACCAUGCGGCUCCCCAGCGGGGUGGUGACGGCAGCUCCCGCCGCCCCGCUGCCGCAGGGCACCCCCGGCAGCCAGCACCACGCCUGGGACGAGGAGCCCAAGCCCCUGCUCUGCUCCCAGUACGAAACCCUCUCGGACAGUGAAUGAAGCGAGCCCAGCGGCAGGGAGACGGCGACCAAACCCAGGGCACGGGAAGCGAAUGGGGACGCGCGGGGCGAGCGCCCACCGCCCCGGCCCCGCCGGCUCUCACGAGCGAAGAUGCAGGAGCAGAGCUGUUUCGGUUUUCCCUUUAUCCUUUUCCUUCCCCUCCCAACCCAGCCAGUUUGGGGAAUGUUUUUAUUUUGGGGUUAUUUUUUUGGUUUUUUUUUUGUUUCAUUUUUGUUUUUUUUUCUGUCUCAACAUCUGGAAAUUUCUGCAUCCUCUUCAGUCUGAAAGGAAAGAAGAAAAUAAGCCUUAACGAGACAAAACCCAAGGAACCCAUCUUCGAUCUUGGCAGCCUUGCUGGGCGCUGACCCCCGCCCUCCCGUGGGAAUGGAGUUGAGGGGCUGUGGGAUGCUGCCCUGCAUCCCAGCCCUGGGGCUGUGCCACGGAAAUGCAAAACCUUGAGCGGGUGCACACAAACAGGAGCAUGGUUUAAGGAGUGAAAUAGGAUGGAACGCCCCCGUUUGCUUCCCCCCCCGGCUCAUCUGAGGGCUGUUUGUCCAUCAUCCCCUGGUCACAAGCUCUCAACAGGCUCCAGACAUGGCCGGGGUGAGCAGGAAGGGGGGGAAUGAAGAGUUAUUUCUUAAAAACACAAAAAUUCCUGGUCCCUUUGGUGGAAGCGAUGCCGGGCUCAAAUGGGAGCGGGCAGGGAUGUCCCCGCGCGCCGCCCACCGAGGGGCUCGGUUGCUUUAAGUGCAUUGUUUUCUGAACGGUGAGAAAAGGCAAUUGUAAAUUGUAUUUGGUCUACAGGGUAUAUUUUUGAUACCUUCAGUGAAUUCUGUCAAUAUUUUACGCGAGGAAGGACUGGAAACCGCAGUAUUCCACACGCUGUAAAAGAGGUUCUGUUCUUACGUGCAGGCUUUGAUGUGUUUGUCCAUUGUAUGGAAGGGUUUAAAGGAAAAGAGGAGGUCACGCUGAUCCAUCCGUGUUAUCCGUGAGGCAGGAGAAUGUAUGGACUUAGCUUAGAAGAUACCAAACCGAAAUCUUGCCAUGGUUGCAGGGCCCCCGUUCCACCCACACCUUUGCUGACUCAGCAGAAGCCGUUUGCCUGGUUGUAGAUGUUGGUUCUCCAGAGCCCCCCCCCUCCUCCGGCCCGGGUGCAGGGGGUCAGGAGCCGGCGUGGCAGGGACUUCACCAUGAAAACGUCAAGAAAACACACCCAAAAAAAGGAGAAAAAAAGGACAAAAGAAGUUUUUAUUGUAUUUUUGUGAUACCCACAAAUGCUCUGCGUUGCGUUCUUUUGUUUUCAUUCCAUGAUGUUGGCUCAUAUCUGCAGUUACAUGGGUAAAGAACAAAUAUUAGACUCUUUUUUUUCUUUUCCUCAUUCAAUUCUGCUUUUCUUGCUCUGGGGGGAGAAAAAUAUGGCAAAAAAAAGGUAAAAAAAAAAAAUACAAGUAUUAUUAACUGCUUUGCAUCCUGUUCAUCACUAGAGGAACCCAGAGCGUGCUGCAGGCCCCCGGAGGGACCCGACGCGCAGGUCCCUGGAUCUUUCUGUUCCCCCUGCAUCGUUCCCAGGUUGAUUCUGAUUUGGAAGCCAAGCGAAUGCUGGUGUUUGUUGUUUGUUUGGGGUUUGUUGUUUCGGUUGUUCCCUGUUGUUGGUUUUUUUACAAUGUACAGGUUUUUCAUGGUCA